GUUGCAUACAGCCACAACAAACAAAACUUUUCUGAGUUAAAGAAGCUUAGGUUGGAUUACGCAACAGAUAAAUAUUAGCUUUUCAUAUCGUAAGUACUGGGAUUUCCUUGUAACUCCUCCUCUAUAUCCUCUUAAUAGAGCUUGCAUAAGAGUAGUAGGAAACAUGUAUGUGACAAUUAGUUUUCUGUUCUUGCUUAAUUGUGAAAUAUUUGCAUUUCAGGUCAAAUCAAAGACAAAGUUAAAGAAAGGGAAAAGAAGCAAAAAGAAAAGAAGAAGCACAAAAUAAUGAAUGAAAUCAAGAAAGAAAACGGAGAGAUCAAAUUACUGCAGAAAGGUGGGAAGGAGAAACCAAAAACCAAUGCAGAAGAGCUACAGAUUAAAAAAGUUAAGAAGAAAAAGAAAAAGAAACAUAAAGAGAACGAGAAGAGGAAGCGUCCAAAAAUGUACAGCAAAUCUAUUCAGACCAUCUGCUCAGGAUUGGUUUCUGAUAUUGAGGAUCAGGAAACCAAAGGCAUCAUAGAUGAUCAUCUUAAGGAUUUCAAUGGGAAAAAUAUGGAUCCCAAGAAGGACUGUGAGUCCAAGAUACCAGAGAACAGUGAGUUUCCAUUUGUCUCGUUAAAGGAGCCACGGGUUCAAAAUAAACUCAAAAGGUUGGACACAUUGGAGUUCAAACAGCUGAUUCAUAUUGAGCACCAGCCUAACGGAGGUGCAUCAGUUAUCCAUGCCUACAGUAAUGAACUCUCCCACUUGUCUCCUGUGGAGAUGGAGAGAUUUGCAGAAGAGUUUGUGGGUCUGGUUUUUAGUGAAAAUGAAAACUGUGCAGCUUACUAUGUAAUGGGUAUUGUUCAUGGGGCAGCUACUUAUUUACCUGACUUUUUAGACUACUUUUCGUUUAAUUUUCCCAAUUCACCAGUGAAAAUGGAGAUUUUGGGAAAGAAAGAUAUAGAGACAACGACUAUGUCAAAUUUUCAUGCUCAGGUAAAAAGAACAUACUCUCAUGGUACGUAUAGAGCUGGCCCAAUGAGACAGAUCAGCCUGGUUGGAGCAGUUGAUGAGGAGGUGGGGGAUUACUUCCCUGAAUUCCUUGAUAUGUUGGAAGAAUCACCCUUCUUAAAAUGUACACUGCCAUGGGGAACACUUUCUAGUUUAAAAUUAGAGAGUCGUAAAGACAGUGAUGAUGGUCCCAUUAUGUGGGUACGUCCAGGAGAACAGAUGAUCCCUGUGGCUGACAUGCCAAAGUCACCUUUCAAAAGGAAGAGAACUACCAAUGAAAUAAAAAACUUGCAGUACCUACCUCGAACCAGUGAACCCCGUGAAAUGCUAUUUGAGGACCGGACCCGAGCCCAUGCGGAUCACAUAGGACAAGGUUUUGAACGCCAGACCACAGCUGCUGUGGGAGUGCUGAAGGCUGUGCACUGUGGGGAGUGGUCUGAGCAGCCUCGUAUAACCAAAGAUGUAAUUUGUUUUCAUGCUGAGGACUUCUUGGAGGUAGUUCAGCGAAUGCAGUUAGAUUUGCAUGAGCCUCCACUCUCACAGUGUGUCCAGUGGGUGGAUGAUGCAAAACUUAAUCAGCUGCGAAGGGAAGGCAUUCGAUAUGCCAGAAUCCAGUUGUUUGAUAAUGACAUUUAUUUCAUCCCGAGGAAUGUUGUGCACCAGUUCAAAACAGUUUCAGCUGUGUGUAGUUUGGCUUGGCACAUCCGGCUCAAGCUCUAUCAUUCAGAGGAAGAACUCUCUCAAAACACAAGUACUGUUGAAGCAGGGACCUCUGCAGACUCCAAGUCUUCAGUUGUCGGACUUCAGACUGACAGAGUUUGUACCAUGAGCAAAGAUACCUCUGAAGACACCAAAUUUCCAGAUGCUCUGCAGACCAAGUACCUGCAGCAGGAAUUUUUGCCCAUAAAACAUGAACCUCUUGCAUCUCUCCGAGUAAAAGAAGAACCCAUGAAUGUUGACCUUGCUGAAAAGACAGUGACACCUAAUGACGUCGGGGGACAGAAUGUUCAGGCUAGGCUGGAUCAUGUUGAGUUGACAUCACUAAAGUUGGAAAUGGAUUCUAAAUUUGAACCCGGCAACAAGGACUUGCAAGGCAAGUUGUGCUCUGGAGGUCACGUACAUCCAGAUGAUACCAGACAACCUAGCUUAUCAUAUCCAAAAUUGCAUGGACAAAGAGAGGAUGAUUUUUUGUGCUAAAUUUGUAUAUAUGGUUUUAAAUUCCUUUUUAAACUUAAUGAUGUAAUAAUGUAAAGAUCAUAAAUUGUGAGGCAAGUUUGUGACUUGUCUUCGCAUCUGUUACAGAAAAUAGUUAUGUAGCUUUGUAACAUUCCUCAGUGCCUGUCCAUAACUGUGAAGUAUCAAAGCACUUAGGGCCAGAUGCACUGUAAACACUGCAGGUUUAACAUAAAGAAGUCUUUAAAUAAUUUUGAGUUGUAGGUUUUAGAGUAGAGCUGACAUUUAACAUAUAUAUUUUUUGUAAGAUGAGCCAGAAUUCUUUUUGACAAUUCCAGGCUUUUCCAUAGAGCUUAUUUAUACCAAUUUUUUCAUUUUAAAUGUGUCAGCACUGUAGUGUAAAUAUCUUUUUUAAGAAUCUUUUUAGUGUGAUUUAUACUGAAAUGUGAGCCGCUUAAUAAAGGUUCAUAAUAACAGAUUGGUUUUAUUUUUGGGUCUGCAAAAAAUAAUUCAGUUCAACUGCCUCUCUUAGUGGUUAUGUUUCUACCUGCCACUAACACAUAGGAGAUGCCCUUACACCUUGAGGGUGAGGAGCUGUAGCAAACUGAGGUAGAGCUGAGGCAUCUUUGUAAAUGCUGAUUAGUCAGAAGGCUAAAUCAGUCCUCCCUUCAUGAUUCCUUACAGGUGCUUGUUCCAAGCACUCCCCCAACUCCUGCUGUCAGGUAUUCAUUGGAACAGGGAGACAGAGGGUCUGUUUGGAGGGCAGUUGGACACGCAGGGGGCUCCAGGAGCGCUACCUGUACCUGCCUGCAUCUCUCUAGGUGAGCUGGUGCAAGGGAGCAAACUCCCUCCUGGGCUUUGCCUCUUGGCCCUGCUCAGGGCACAGUUCAGACACUUAGAUUUCACGUAAACAAACCACACCCAACCAAAAAAACCAACAAACCCACACAACAAGCCAAAAAAGCAACCACUCCCUCAAAUCUGUUAUCUGACUGCAAUUAAAAGAAUAUGUAAGGGAUUACUUACCAAGCUAAAAAGGCCUCAGCUUCAGCAGUGACCUGUAAUUCACAAAGACAUACCUGGAUUUGAAUUGCUCCCUAUGCUGAUAGUGCCAGGCAAUAAAGAGGCUUGCCAAUAUGUGUAGUGGGGAGGUUCCUCAUGAGUCACAGUUUGGAAGCAAGAGGUGUUUCAUUAAGAAAAUAAAAGCAGUGUCCAAGUUAACUGUUCUCUUUCCCCAUCUAUGGAACACUUGGAUUCUUUCAAGUUGUGUUCUGAGGGAAGACAAUUUCAAGACUAGCUAGCAUCUGAUCUGGUAACUGUCAUUUAACUUAUAUAUUCUGUGUAGUGUACUCCUGUGUAGUUAAAGCACAGCCAAAUGAUACGUCUCUCGGGUAGCUGCACACAGCAGUCAGCUGCCCUGUAGCCUGUCCUUCAGCUACAUAUGUAAAGCUUCAGAUCCAAGGCCUAUUAUUUCCAAAGCCCUCUGUAUCUCUGAUUUGUUAGAAUUUUUCUGUAUAACGUUUUUGAAAGUUGUACAUCUUUAAGUACUCAGUUUUUAAACCUUGAUGCACUUAGUGGUCACUUUGGCUUCAUUUGUAGCAAUAGAACAAUGUGAUUUUCAGGCGAUAUCCAGCUCAACUACCUGAGGUCCUUCUGUUGUAAAUGUUCUUUUCCUUAUAGGUUGUUAAAAUUUAAAAUGUUUCUGCAUACUCAUGAGGUGGCACUAAAAUCAGCUAUUUAUUAGAUGAGUGCCCUGAUUGGUUUAAUCCAAAAUAGAUCUGUUGAGGAAUUAUUAAUUAAAUCAAUAUUUGAAUUGCUAAACAUUUCUCCUACAGAGCCAUAAUUAUGUAUUAGAGGAGCAAUAGAAAUGUGAGUCUCUUGGAUGUGGCUAAUACAUCCUUAAGUCUUGCUACUGUUUUCUUUAAUGCUGGCUAAGAGAUUACUACCAGUUUUUCAGCCUCAGGGAUCUUGCUUUCCCCUUUGCCAUGAGCAAAUAAUUCAUGUGUUAUGUGGUUAUUCCUCUAGUAGGUUCUGAUCUGAAAAAAUUAAUUUGUUCAUGUAAGAAUUAGAGCCUUCCUUACAGCAGGAAUGUGGUCUCACCUCGCUUUAUUGUUUUCUGGAUUUUUCUGGAAAUAAUGCUUCCACCUGUAGUCUCUGGCUUCAUGAACAUCCAUAUACAGUUACUUGGCCUUCCAUUCCUGUUCCCUGUGCUGCCCAUGGGAGAACAGCAGCAGAGCAGAGCUGCAGGUUGUAGUUUGCACCAAGCAUGCAGCUCUCCAGGUAGGAUAGAUGAGGGCUCUAGCUUUAGCAAAGGCAGUCUUGCCAGAUACUGCUUUUUAAAAUAAGAACCACACAAAACAAACCCCCAGAACUCUUUAUUUGACUCAGAAUAACAAUCUUACCAGUGUGCUGGUCAUGCAUAUGCCAGCCAUUUGUUUGGUUUCAAAUAAUUGUUGGUAACCUGUCAGAUUUUAGUGAAGAGUGGACAUAGAUCCCCCAGGACAGCUGCCAGCUUUUUGCAGCGUAGGCCCAGUCCAGACA